AUGAGUGAGGCCCACGAGUUUAUGAAAGAGAAUGGCGCCGGACACCACAUUCCGAAAGCUCGAGGUGUUACAACCACUUUGUCGAACCGUCCAAGGACCCAGACUGUCAACGCCAUCGCGCCGGCGUCACGGCCAUCGUCGACCCAGAAGACCAGCAUUGUCACGACACAGGCGUCUUCCCAAUGCUUCAGGGACCAAUGGCUACCCUGGAACCACGGCAUCACGAAGAACUCAACGCCAGACGAUCGAAAGGAGUUCAACAAGAAGCGAACGUACGCAAUGCACGAGACGAUCGAGGAGCUUUUCUUCUACGACCAAGAAACAGCUGGCAUGCUCCCCGGCUACAAGCGAUUAUGCAACUUCAUUGGCAUCGAGCCUCGCACUACCAUUGAUAGAUGCCGAAGAGACCUCAGAGGCACCCUGGUCAAUAUCGUCGACCUCCUUGACGCCGCUGGGGUUGGCGGCAAGGUUCGAGUGUGGCGCAAGAGCGAGUGGCUCAGUUUCGUCGCGCACACCCACACACCCGGCUUCAUGUUCCAACUUCAGGUCGCCUCGGAGAGUGAAAUCCUCUCCUGUUUCUUGCAGGACCUGGACAAGGCCGAGCCACACUGCAGUGGGAAUCCGACACCGCUCCCGGGUCGGGGGCUGGACGCGUCUUUUUUCCAACUCGAUGAACAGGGUCGGGAAGAUAGCCAAGAGUCAUCUGAGGAGGGCUCAGGGCUGUCUGGAGAUGAUCUAACCCCUUCGGAGGUUGGCUCAUACCUGUCUGAAGAUGAUCAAGACCUUUCGGGGGAUGGCUCCCUACCGGCUAGUUCUCCGCUACCAGCCCGCCCGUCCCUGCGAAGCGAGGACGCGCCUACGAGGAACAGGACGCGCCUACGAGGAACAGGACGCCCAGCAGUACCCCCAGGCAAACCGCCUCGAGGGAGAUCCUUCCCUGGACAACAAGAUAGGACAUGGGCCCAGGCAAGGACCGCCGAAAGCUCCAUUCGCCCCCCCCCCCCCCCGGGGAGUGUAGUCAUAGAUAUACGAGACGGCACCCCAGAGCUCGAGCCGCCGCCUUCCCGUGCUGCGGCCACGGGCGGCCAGCCUGCCAGAGAAAACACAAUGGUCCUCACGCAACGGACACCGCGUCCAGCUGAGCAGAGUGGCAUGAGACAGACUCACGGUACGACUCCGAAGACCGGACUGCGGCAAAGCCAGGUCGACGCCUUCUUCUCGUCAGCGGCGCGUAGUACGACACCAACGACACUCACGGGGCCCAUCAUCUAUAACUGCAGGAAGGCCGGGCGAGGCUUUUCGUAUUUCGUUCACUGGGGCGAACUGGAGCCAGACUGGACGCCUGCUUCGUCGCUGAGGGGCUACAAGGAAGCGCUGAUACAAUUCCACCUGGCCCAUCCAGAGGCAGAUUCGACUGGUCCGGACUGGCUUCUGAGCUAG